GCUGGGAGUGCUCUGGGGGUGAUGGUUCACAGGUGACAGCUCAGGGAUGCUGGCUGCAGUGCCCACUUGCACCACUACAAACUGAACUCUGCCCUCAUGUCUGGCAUCCUACAUGGGAGAUGCCAAAGGUGGAUUCAUGUUUUUUGCUUGGUCUCAUCCUUUCCUGGCCUAUCCCCUUCCAGGCUGUCACCUCUGCUCCUCUCCCCUGCAGCUCCAGGUGAAAGACCAUGCAGGCAGGGUGCAUCUUCCCUCCAAGAAACACAAAUUAAUAACAAAAUUAAUUUUAAAAAAAUGAAGCCUUUAAUUGUUUUAGUUUUAAUUUAAUGUCAUGGUGGGGUUGGGAGGGAUGUGGGAGACCUGUGAGGCCCUAGUAGGUGCCCACAUGGGGCAACUGGCAGCUGUGUGCCCCUGUCCCAGUCCCUGAGGUGGCACCUGGCCCUCCCACACCAGGAAUAUCCCAGGGCUGUGUGUGGGGAGGGGCCCAGGGGAGAUGCCUGGCUAGGAUGAAACGUUUCGGUGCAGGCGAGUAAUAAACAAUUGUCUCUGUGCUCUAUUUAUAGAGGCUGAGUGCAGGAUUAGUUGUGGGGUUAUUUUUGGAGCAGCUGAAGGCAGUUGCUGGACGGCGCUUCUGAGCUAAUCAAGCAAACAUUUUCUGUCUCGCCUGUGCACAGGCUGUGUGUUCCCUGCCCUCCCCAGCAAGGCUGAAACCUGGGCUGGAGUGCCAACCCCCUGUGAGAUGGGCUUGUCUCAGGCAUCCUUGGAUGCUGUCCUGCUGCCCUGCUUCAAUUUGUACCUCAAUCAGUUGCCUGAACAGUCCCUGAGCACCUGGGGGAAAUGGGGACCAGCAGCUGUACCCCAAAUUGUAUGGGGGUGAGAGCUCCUCCUCUACACACAGCACUGACCUUGUGCCACCCCAGCAGUGCUGUGUCCAUGGAGACACAGCACCACAAGCAUCCCUGGCCCUGCAGCUGAUGGCUCCCUGUCCCCGAGCUGUCCCCUCCUCACCAGCCCUUCCCCAUCCCCUUUUGCUCAGAGCCUUCCUGACCUCUGUCCCUCCCCACAAGCCAGGCUGCACGGCAGGCCGUGCAUUUGUGAGAACUUGCCUUCCCACCUCCUCCAUCAUUUUUUUUCUUUUCUCCUUUUCAAGCCCCAAAGGUCACUUGUAGCCCCAUCCCCUCCCAUUGAGGCUCCGGGCUGUCCCCACCAGCCCCGGCUGGGGACCUGAGCAAACAGGGCUGGGUUAACCAGUGCAGCUGUAUGCUAAUGACUGCUGCCCGCUUAACUCUGCUCGCUGAGUAAAGUCAACCCCACUAUUGUACCCAGCUCCUCAAACAAGCCACAAAACCCCAGCGCGCUCCCGGGGCCGGCUGCGGGGUGGCACCCAAUUUCCAGCUCACUUGUAAUUCAUCAUCCCCAGCGCUCCAUCGUCCCCCUCUGCUGCCUCCUGCCUUCCCCCCCAGCCCUUUUGUCUUUCCUCCUUUGCCCUUUUGUGCACGUCUGGUUUUUAAUAGCGCUUGGCAGCUGGUUGUGGUUUCUCUCCUCCAGCUUUGUUUGCUGCCCGCUGAUUGAUGGCGAUGCCUUUCCCACCCCCUGCUCUCCCCUCCUGCUUCUCGUCCUUCCCCAAAUCCCAGGCCCAGAGCAGCCCCUCCAGUCCUCCUUCCUGGGUGACAUAUGCCAGGAAUUAGCUGUGUAAAUAGAGGAGUGCAGCCGGGCAGGCAGCUCAGGGGCCCAGUCGGGCGCUGCCUGGCACCGUGGGAUUGUGCUGGGAUGGGGCAGUGAGGAACCAUCCCCUCCUUGGGGCUCACUGGCACCAUCUCAGCCCCCUUGGGUAGGACCCAGGGAGCAGAGAGGAGCUGUGGGGGCAUUGUGCAAGUGGCCAAGGACAGGCACGUGCUGUUGACACAGGUGGGGACGCGGUUGGAGCCGGCGCCAGGGACAAACACACCUGCCUGGGCGGCUGCUGCGGCGCCACGCGCGCCGGCUCAGCUCUGAAAUCCCUGCUCAGAUCAGGCUCUGCACCUGCUCCCCUGCGUGCCCCUGCCUCCCCUGGUGCUGGGGACAGCCCCUGUGGCCCCCAACACCUCCCUGCCAGCUGCUGCCCAUGCUAAAGGCAGCAGGAUGGGGAUGCUCCGUGCAGGGUUUGCUCCCAAGGGGAGCUCAGCACCCAGCCUGGUCUGCAGCUGGGGUUGGUGUGUGGCUGCCUGGCUCUCCAGUGCCACUCGGGGUUUUGGCAAGGGGGAGGAAGUCACCACCAGCUUCCUGGAGGAGCUGUUCCCAGGUGCUGCCCAGAGGUGCUGUGUCACAUGCAGAGCCACAUGCUCUCAGCCCCUUGGUCCUCAGAGGUGCCUCGUCUUCUCUUUCAGACCUUCAUCUUCACUGACGGGGAGGAUGAGGAGCUGAAGAAGCAAGCACGAAAUGUCAUCAACACCAACUGCUCGGCUGCCCACAGCCGCCAGGCGCUGUCCUGCAAGAUGGCCGUGGAGUACGACAAGUUCAUUGAGUCUGGCAGAAAGUGGUUCUGCCACGUGGACGAUGACAACUACGUGAACGUGCGGAUGCUGGUGAAGCUGCUCUCCAGCUACCCCCACACACAGGACAUCUACAUCGGGAAGCCCAGCCUGGACCGGCCCAUCCAGGCCACGGAGAGGAUCAGUGAGAACAAGAUGCAUCCUGUGCAUUUCUGGUUUGCCACGGGUGGAGCAGGGUUCUGUAUCAGCCGGGGGCUGGCACUGAAGAUGAGCCCUUGGGCCAGCGGGGGUCACUUCAUGAGCACUGCAGAGAAGAUUCGCCUGCCUGACGACUGCACCAUCGGCUACAUCAUCGAGUCUGUGCUGGGCGUGAAGCUCAUCAGGAGCAACCUCUUCCACUCCCACCUGGAGAACCUCCACCAGGUGCCCAAGUCGGAGAUCCACAAACAGGUGACACUGAGCUACGGCAUGUUCGAAAACAAGCGCAACUCCAUCCACAUGAAGGGAGCCUUCUCUGUCGAGGAGGACCCAUCCAGGUUCCGCUCCGUGCACUGCCUGCUGUACCCCGACACGCCGUGGUGCCCCACCAACAUGGUUUACUAGGAGGUGCACGUGCCCUCCAGUUGUUGUUUUUUUUCCCUUUCAAAGGUUAAGUUUUUUUUGGUGUGUUCUUCCCUUUUUUGCAUCUUUCCCCCCAACCUGCUCUUGUAACCCCUGACCCAGCCCAUCCUCUCUCCCAGUCCCAAAAUCUCAGCAGUGAAGCUCUGGCUCCCAGUUUGGAUGAGGGGUCCCUGUGAGUUCUACAGGCAGAGGUGGGCAGGGGAAGCCUCUGGCCAUGGCAGUGGCUCCUCCAGGGUCCUGCAAAGCUGCUGGGUGCUCCACAGCCUCACUGGAGGGAGACAGUGGGGUGGCUGGGAGAUGGUGUUGGUGUUAACUCCAUUUCCCAGAGCUCCCCCCACAUGGGUGAAGUGUUGCUGGCAGCAUUGGUAGGUGAACUAUUUAGAGACUGGUGUAAAGACUUUCUAUAAAUUGAGUGUGGGAGGAGAGAUUUUCCAGAGCUGCCACAGUGGGAUGGGCACUGUGUUUGUCCAGGGUCUCCCUCCAGUGCUGCUCAGGCAGCCCUGCAGCUCUGCAAAGGAACACCUCGAGGUCUGCCCAGGCUGUGUGGGUGUCCCCCGUGGGGCCAGAGCAUCCUCCAGCCUUGCCCUGGCUGUGGGUGCUGCCCAGGACGCACCUGCCACAGGCAGGCAGCAUCUCCAACCCUCCCAUUGUGCUCUCCCUGAUGGAGAGGGAUUUAUCCAGGGAGGGAGAGGGACCCUGCAUCAUCCGAGAGCUGCCCUGCCUGCCAACACCAGCCCUCUCUGCCCCUGGGCUGAGCCAGAGCUGAACAUUUCCACCUUGAAGCUGAGUGAAAAUAGCCCAUAAUGGGUGUGUUGUAAAUAUGUUAUUGAGCCAGUAUUUUUUUUACUGUGCCUUUUUUUUUUAAGAAAAAAAAAGAAAACACAAUGAGAAAUAUGUAGAUUUUAAAAUGCUUUUUAUACAUUUUCUGUGGAUCAGAAAAAGAAAAAUCCCCGACCUUUGAUAAUCUGUUUAAGAAAGAAAAAAAAAAUUUUUUUGCGAUGUCUUGUAACUAUCACUUACCUUAAUUUAUAUGUUCCAGUAUCUGGAAUGUCACUCUGUGCUUUCUGUACCUAGGAUGUGUUUAAGGCAAUAGCUGUGGGGAGGGGAACCAGCAUGGACAGUGUGUUCUCAGGGACCUGAACCCGAUCGCUGCCACGGGGUUCCCGUGGGAGCGGUCACCAAUAAAGUGGCUUUUUUUGCUGACCACAGUCACCUG